AUGGCAUCCUAUACCCACUCAAGCCAGGGACCACCCGGCCAAUCCAAACUCUUCCUCAACCCCGCGGCCCUGAGCCCUGCGGGAGACAGGGCCAACCACACCACGUUCUGGCGGAACCCCAAGGUCGGGAACAUAUACCGCAAUACCGAGUACAUCACCGCUCCGAUUACGCAGCCACUGCUGGACUACUGCGGCCUGACCGAGGAUAAGAUUGCUUCGCUCGAUGAGCCUAUCAAGGUUCUUGACAUGUGCUGCGGUGCGGGUGUGGUUUCGGCCCGCAUCCAGGAGAUGCUGAAGGCGACGGGCCAGAGUAGAAAGGGGCUUGUGAAAUUAACUUGUUCUGAUUCUAGUGGUGGUCAGAUUGAGCAUGUCAGGGGCCGAAUUGGGAAGGACGGCUGGACGGGCACGACGGUAGUCCAGGCCGAUAUUGCGAGUCUUCCAUUCGAGUCGAACAGCUUUGACUUCAUCGUCGUUGGCAUGGCAUUGAUGGUAGUUGCCGAACCCUAUGCAGGUCUAGCAGAACUGUGCCGCGUUCUCAAGCCAGGCGGCCGCAUCGCAAGCUCUACAUGGGCAACAGAGGGCUGGGUCUCCGACACCCGCGACGCAGUCGCAAACUUUGGCGUCCCCGGGCAGCAACCGGUUCCAUGGCCACAGAAGUCAUACCAUCUGACUGGACUAUGGUCACCUGGUGCAUGGGAUGACCCCUAUUUCGCGGCCGCCAUAUAUAAUGCUUCGGGACUGACUGAGAUCAAGUCGGAGACUAUGGCCAAGCCCAUUACAUUCCGAGACCCUGAGCAGUUUUGUAGCAUUUUCCAGGCGCUGCUUACAGGUACCGUUGAGAGGUAUUGGUCUGAGGAGCAGAAGGUGAAGUUGAAGCACAAGUUGAAGCCUGUUAUUGUUGAUUAUUUGGGGAAGAAGUAUGGUGGAGGGCCCUUUGAGAUCGAGAGGUCUAUUGUUCUUGUAAGUGGGACAAAAGCAAAAGUCUGA